UGACGGUUAAAUACUUAUCAUUUGGCCGCAAUACACUUGCCCAAUUAUACAAAUUAUGCGUAUGGCAAUUUUCGCAAUAUCCUCCAAAAUGCACCACAAAAUCACUAUGGUCUCACGUGAAAAAUGCUGAGAAAGAUCCAAUAUUUUUAAUUAACCAGCUUUUUUUAAAAGAUAAACAUUCCCAGAAAGUGAAUCUCAGCAUGGAAGUUUACAGAGAUGAUACUGGAAAUCCCUCAAUAUUCAAAAGUGUUGUGGAGGCAGAAAAGAUAAUUAAGAAUAAAUACCAGGACAAAGAAUAUUCCUACUUUUCAGGAAUGGAAGAUUACAAUAGCUUAGCAGUGAAAUUGUUAUUGGGCGAUGAUUCCGUUUUUAUAUGUCAAAAGAGGACUGCGACAGUACAAGCUGUAGGAGGACAAAACUUAUCCCGUGUCCUACGAAAAUGAGAUUUUCCAAUGCACGAAUUUAAAAAACGUGAAGAGGCAUUAAGCUGCAUUGUCCUUGAAAAAUAGAUCAGCUACUGAAACGCUAUUUUGUCUAGCGACUGGGUCUCUCUGCAUUGCCGUACAUUUUUUUGGAAGACAUUUUUCAGGCAAUAAGAAAAUUUACCUGUCCAAUCCUAUCUGUCCUAUCAUCCCAAGUAUUUGCGAAACAGCUAGUUUGGUUGUCGCAUGGUAUCGAUACUACAAUCUAAAAACUGGAGGAGUUGACUUUGAAGGAUUUUUAGAGGAUGUUUUCGAGAUGACACCCAGAUCUAUUAUCUACUUGCAAUGUUGUGCUCACAAUCCUACUGGUGUAGACCCCAGUCAGGAACAAUGGUGUGAAAUCUCACAGUUAGUCAAGAAGAGACAAUUAUUUCCAGUAUUCGAUGUUGCCUACCAAGGAUUUGCAUCCGGUGAUUUUUAUAAUGACGCAUUUUCGUUUAGAACAUUUCUUCAAGAUGGUCAUAAAGUAGCUAUAUUGCAGAGUUAUUCGAAAAGCAUGGGUUUAUAUGGUGAACGAACAGGGUCGUGUACAUUUAUAGCUGAUUGCAAAAGCGAAGCUGACACAAUUCUGACGCAAAUGGAAGAAAUCAUAAGAAAAACAUAUUCAAGCCCACCAAUACAUGGGUCUAGAAUAGUUGUAGAAAUUCUGGCAGAUGAAAAUCUCAAAUAUAUGUGGUUUCAGGAAGUCAAAAUGAUGUCUGAAAGGCUGAAAGCUAUGAGGAAUGCUUUGAAGGAAAAUCUUGAGAAAGCAGGAUCAAAGCACAAUUGGGACCACAUCGUGCAUCAAAUUGGAAUGUUUUGUCUCAGCAAACUGACACCGAAACAAGUAAAGAAGUUAACGGAUGACUACCACAUAUAUCUUCCUGCAGAUGGAAGAAUUUCUGUGGCAGGACUAACUACAAAAAACGUGCAGUACGUUGCUAAUGCCAUUCAUGAAGUGACUAAGUGAUGUGCUGUAAUGACUGAAUGACGGAGGUUUCAGACAAAUCGCCCUGCACGUCCUACCAAUGAAGCCAGGUGUAUUCAGGAGUGGGGGAAUCUCGGGAAGACGCCGUCUUGGUCACGUAGACACUCACCACCCGUCUUCCCAUGGACAAACAAGCCGCCGCAUUUUUUUAUAUUAUGAAAUCACAG